AUGGAUGUGCAUAAACGACAUUCACUAUUUAAUAGAACGCAGGAACAGGCAUCAUUUACUGUAUUUCAACCAGGUUUCUUUAAUUCAGAGUUAGAACCUGAAUCAUUAGAAGAUUUUGAUUUUGAAAAAGCACCCAAUCAUAAUCCAACAGUCAACACAAUCACAGAAGAAGACGACCCUAUUCCACACUCUUCCGGUGUUACUUAUCAUUCUGUUGUCACUAGUUGUGGAAGUGCGGCACCCAUGAUAAAUCAACAACAGCCACCGCUACCAGAAUCUGUAGAAGAGUAUGAUAUGCAACCUAUUUAUCAAAAGGUUCUAAAGGAGAGAGCAGUCAAAAAUUAUCAAAUAUUUCCCGGAAAUACUCGAUUUCUCUGUGGAGGACGACUGGUGACCAGUAAAGAUUAUCGAGCAUUUAUAAUAGCAUUGAUAUUAUUGAUUACGCCUGCUGCCUUAUUUUGCGUAUUUACAUGCCCAUUCUUAUGGAACCAGGUCCAUCCAGUGAUACCCAUCGUAUUUGCUUAUUUAUUUAUACUUGCAUUUGCUUCCAUGCUCAAGACAUCUUGGACAGAUCCAGGGAUUAUACCAAGAAAUCUCGAUAUACCCCAACAAGAGAUUAUAGAUGAAAAUGCCUCGAGUACUCAUGCAUCUAUCAUGUCUGAUAUUGCUCAAAAACAGAUUAGGAUCAAAAACACAUCAUGGUCAUUACGUUACUGCGAGACUUGUAAAAUAUACCGACCUCCUAGAGCAAGUCAUUGUCGACAGUGCGAUAACUGUGUUGAGUAUGAAGAUCAUCACUGUAUCUGGCUGAAUAAUUGUGUUGGCAAGCGAAACUAUAGACCAUUUUUCACAUUCAUCGUCACUUGUGUCAUAUUAUGCAUUUAUGUCAUCGCAUUUGACGUUUAUUAUCUACUUUCGAUUGCAUCCAACAGCCCUGGCCGAGGAUUUGGAUUUGUCUUUUCACAAGCACCUGUCAGUUUUGUGUUAUCCAUCUAUUGUUUCUUUCUUCUUUGGAUGGUGGGCGGAUUGACAAUAUACCAUUGUUCACUUAUCAUGCGAGGCGUAACUACGCAUGAACAGUUACGCAGAGACAUUUUCAAAUUGACUUAUCCUGAUUUGGGUGCUAAUCCAUACAACAAAAGGAACCCUUUAAAAAAUAUGAUCCAAGUUUUGUGCCAACCACAGCCCAAAAGCUAUCUGCGUAGACGCAAAAUGGCAGAUCCUGUUAUCGAAAAGCUUUAA